AUGAGCGACAGUGCAGCUGCCGAAACGGCUCCUCCAGCCUCCGCCAGCACCAAACCCAAGGCUCCCAAGAAGAAGAAGGCGGCGGCCCCCAGGAAAAAACCAGCCGGUCCCGGGUUGGGCGAGCGGAUUGUGAAGAUUGUCGGGGAGAACAGCGAUCGGAAGGGGACGUCUCUGGCCGCUAUAAAGAAGGCGCUGCAGAGAAGCGGGGUCAAUGUGGAGAAGCAGAAUGCACAGAUCAGGAUGGCUACCAAGAGGUGCCUGGCGAAAGGCUCCCUGGUUCUGGUGAAGGGCCAGGGCGUCUCCGGCUCCUUCAAACUCCCAAAGAAUCAGGUCAAGGCAAAAGUGGGAAAGAAGGCGAGACCCGCAGCAGCCGCCAAGAAAGCAGCUGUGAAGAAAACAACGGCCAAGAAGGUGGCAGCGAAGAAAUCCCCAGCCAAGAAAGCAACAGGAAAGAAAGCGGCCGCCAAGAAGGCAGCAACGCCAAAGAAAGCGGCGAAGAAAGCAGCGCCUCAGAAAAAGACUCCCGUGAAGAAGGUGAAAAAGACCAAGAGCCCCAAGGCCGCAAAACCGGCCCCGAAAUCGGCAAAAUACUUGAAGAAACCAGUUGAUGCAAUAUUUCCUCGGUACAAAGCCGAGUGUGUGCAGUUGCUUCCAACUAACAGCAGGCACGUUCCUGUGAUCAAAAUGGAGAAUAUCUUUCCCAUAGUCAGAGCGGAUUGAAUCAGACUUACAUUGAGGUCAAUUUCCAGAGACUUGACCAAGGAAACAACCACCCAAUCCCAACUGAGAAAAGGCAAGUUUCUCUUUGUAAUGUUUCAAUUGCCAAUUGACAUCCCGCUAGUUCCAAUUAACAUCAUUCAUAGUCCAUCAACAUUCACAUCUUUGAAAUGUUAACGGGUGACUCUUUGUUGAAAGUACUCAAACAGGAACUGUAUCCAGUUUACAUUUAGGAAAUGUACUUUGCCUCAAACUGGACAGAGAGAGACUCCUCCUACCACCCCCUUGAUCAUGACCCUGCCCUGAUCACCAAAACAUCAUCUCCCAGACCAUCCACAACCUCAACCCCUCAGGUAACCUCCUGCCAACAGCCUUCAGCCUCAUCUUUCCCCAACGCCAUGUUAACUGUUUCUGCCUCAUUCCCAAAAUCCACAAACCCGACUGCCCCUGUUGACCCAUUGCCUCUGCAUGACCCUGCCCCAUCAAACUUAUCUCCAAUUAUCUCAACUCCCUUUUCUACACCCACCCACCCCACUCCCCAAGGCCAGGAACUCCCACCGAUGUCUGUGACACCACCCACAUCUUCUCCUUCAACCCCCCCCCCCCCAACUCCCUACAGUCAAAGUGGGUGACCAUGGGUACCCGCAUGGACCCAAGCUAUUCCUGUCUCUUUGUAGGAUACAUGGACCAGCCUAUCUUUUACAGCUACACUGGCGCCACCCCACUUCCACCAUUAUAUCGAUGACUGACUGCAUCGAUGCUGCCUUCUGCUCCCACACGGAGCUCAAACAGUUCAUCCACUCUACUAACACCUUCCACCCCGAACCUCAAGUUCACCUGGGCCAUCUCCAACACAUCCCUCACCUUCCUGGACCCCUCAGGUAACCAGCGAGAAACUGAUGUUCAUUUCAAGCCCACCGACUCCUACAGCUACCUAGAACACACCUCCUCCCACCCACCCUCCUGCAAAAAUUUCAUCCCCUACUCCCAUUUCCUCUGCCUCUGCCGCAUCUGCUCCCAGGAUAAGGCAUUCCACUCCCGCACGUCCCAGAUGUCCAAGUUCUUCAAGGACCGAAACUUCCCCCACAGUGGUUGAGAAUGCCCUUGACCGCGUCUCCUCCAUUUCCUGCAACACAUCCCUCACACCCUGCCCCCACCACAACCGCCUCAAGAGGAUCCCCCUCGUUGUCUCACACCACCCUCCUAGCUCCGGACACAACGUAUCAUCCUCCAACACUUCCACCACCUACAAUCCGACCCCACCACCCAAGACCUUUCUCCAUCCCCACCCUUCUCUGCCUUCCGGAGAGACCAUUGUCUCCAUGACUCCCUUGUUCGCUCCACACUCCCCUCCAACCCCACCACACCUGGCACCUUGCCCUGCAACCGCAGGAAGUGCCACACUUGCCCACACACCUCCCUCACCCCGAUCCCAGGCCCCAAGAUGACCUUCCAUAUUAAGCAGAUGUUCACCUGCACAUCUGCCAAUGUGGUAUACUGUAUGCAUUGUACCCAGUGUAGCUUCCUGUA